GUCAAAGACGUUAGCAGUCAGUGCUCCAUUUGUGAUCUUUCUGAAUGAAAGAGUGUUACACUUUGAUACACAUGCAAGAUAUGUCAGCGUCGAACGACGGUUCCCGUGAUUUAGCGCCGUGGUCAAGGUCUCCGUCGAGCAGCAACCUGAAACGUUCUUACGCGGCAGUAGUCUCCGACUAUGAGAUCGAAGCCAUGAGUCUAACUGCUACUGUUUGUCGAGCAGUCAACGGGCGCAUGCGCAAAAGCUACAGGAAGCAGGUAGGGAAACAAAAUUCACUUGAUUACCGCAACAGCAUGAAGGCGAACGACGCGUUUUUUAUCAAAACUGGACACCAGUGUUUUUAUGGAUCGUCACUGGCGUUUUCACAUGACCUUUCCUUGACCCCAACGUCAUUAUGUCCGGACACCGACGCUCACAACACACUCAUCCGCGACUACGACCUCCCGCUAGCCUGCCCUACCUGCUGGAGUGCGCAGAGAAACAGACAGCCACCUCAUUCUAAGGUCAAGGUCGAGAAGAAGAAGGCUAAAAAAUCGCCUAUAUGUAAAUGAAUGCUUAGAAUUCGGCGGAUCCUCUGCAGGAGACGUAUAUCUUCCAAUAAAACAAUAUGUGAAAGGAACAUAAUUGAAGCAGCGAAGAGAUGGUUUCAGGCCUUAUUUGGCCUUAUAUUCCACACCUGGGUACUGCACGUUACCGAAUCAGAGCAAUUAACUGUACAGAGUUGCGGCCCUUACUCGUGCCAGAAUCUGUUGUUUGCGAUCCCAUUUUUAGGAUGAAUAUAUUUUUGUUCUGUCAGGACCAAACAGUAACUAAGACGUUCCUCUGUUCUCAAAUGGAUUAUUUCACAGAAAACACAGAACCGUUGAUACAAUGAAUAACACUCAUGCGUGCGCGUGUACAGACACACGCACCAAUGGCGGUACGCAAUCAGCUAAAACAUUAGGCUACGUGCCAAUGAAUUGAAUGAAAUAAUAUUCCCGAAUAAACUAUCCUAUUCUUGUAUCCCUAACAAUGUAUUGCAAACUUACGUUAAUAUUUACAACGUUCAAGUCACAGAGCUGUAGAGGAUCUAUGUAUUGGUAAUAAGACGUUAUAACAUGACAGUUUUCCUUUCGCCAGUUAUAUCAGCCCGAGGGCCGAAAUCAUUCACUCACUCAAUCACUCUGAUAUUGGGAAGUGGGUCCUUCUAUCGACGCAGUACACACACAUUUAAUAGAUCAUUGACACACAUUUUCGCUAUAUAAAUUUGACACACAUUUUCGCUAUAUAAAUUUGACCUUAAAUCAAUUAAAUUAUAUCUGUUUAUAAUAAAGAACUGGAAUAAAUGUGUAUAGAUGUUACCGGUCGAUUGAUCAAUUCAACCUGUGC